AGCAUCCUGGCUUCCGGUGGUAUCUCCAGCAUCUCGCAGGCUACACGCAACGCGCUCCGCCCAUGGCGCCCAGUUGCUUUAGCGGUUGUGCGAAGCAAUACCAAGGACUGAAGGGAUUUCUAAAGCCACUGACCCAUGGAGCAGAUGCCUGGAAGGUGCAUGAGAUCGAAGCGGCGGCGGUCACCGCGGAGGAGCAGAGUUUGGCUUCCGAGCCUCAUUUGCCGGUGCUACUGGGCGCUCGCGCGCCGAUCAGUGUGGAGGAGCCCAAGGGCGUGGAGGCGGCGAGAACGGAGCUCGGAGCAGGGGCCGAUCGACCAGCAGCUCUCUCAGCCUUGACGACAGCCGCAGAGGAACUGGCGGCCUCACCCGCUUGCAGCACGCCGGUGCGCUGGAACCAUGGCUGCUGCGAGGUGCAGGCGUGGGAUAGCGAGCUGGCCUCUGCGAAGCUGGGAGAGGCUGCAGAAGCGGCUUGGCAUGGAGGAGUGCAGGUGGCCACUUUCAUGACCCGACAUUUCCAGGACGCCGCGGACUUCGCGACGCCACACGUGGUCUCCUGGGCCAACCACGCGUUGGAGACCUGGAAGACCACAGCCUCGCGGCCGGCCUUGAAGCCGACGGGCUCAACUUGGGAGGCUAACAGCCGCCAGCAGUCCGCCAUGCAGCUGCGUGCCGCUGCCCCGCCACCGCUGAACAUCUCGGACUACGAUGUGGUCGACACGUCUUCGGGCGCCCCAACGCCCUUCAGGACGAGCUCUCCAGCAGAGUUCGAGAGGAUGCGGUUCAAUGCAGGCUCUCGGCCAGCGGCCGGUCCACCCGCGGGCAGCUACGAUGUCGCUCGCGACGCGCAGCUGCGGUAUGCGCUGGAUGCGUCCCGGUUUCAGGAGGCACCCUCCUUCAUCACCGUGGUGCCGCAUGCUCAGUCCUUCACAGUGCCACCCUCCCCGGCCUUGAGCACUGCGAGCGCUUUGCCACCACUGCCCGGCCGGGAAGGACGGCACUCCUUCUCAGGGGUGAGCGCGAGGCACUCCUUUGCAGUGCUCCAGCCGCCACAACUGCCGUUCGACACAGGCGCGGCAAGUGCCUGGGCGAGCAGUGCAAACGCAGCAAGCGCAGCGCCCGUUGAGGCCACCGUCCUUCGCACCAGCCUGGGCGAGCGGCGGCCCUUUGACGCGUCCCAUCCGCGGCCGCUGGUGCGGGCGACGUAGGAGCUCUCCAUCGGCUAGGCCCAGAACUUGUACAGUUGAUUGGAGCAAUCGAUUUGAUGCAGGAAUUCGCUUGUGGGAUCUCCCUAUUCUCCGCGGGGGAGGCUUGCGGAGAAGCACCGUUUUUUGCGUCCAAUUCUUUGUUCAAUCAAUGAACCUUUCAGCACUGUAGAGGAUCUCAGGGACCUCAGGGACCUUUGGUUCAUAGACCGAGUGCAACGUUCGGAGCCUGAGCUUCACAUGCUGGUGUGAAUGGGACCCCGAGACCUGAGACCGGAGAAGAACCGAUGAGCGGCGCGUCCUUGGUGCUCUGUCGACUUGGCAGUGUCAUACUGUAUUAUUAUAUAUAUGGAGUCCAUGGAAUUGGCAUGGAUCUACCGAUCUAACCGUGGAACUGGGCAUUUUCCGGAUUCUUGGACCAAUCAUUCGCAUGGAGCCUCCUCUUCUGGGGGUGAAGAUCCGACUCUCGUCCUAUGGUCCAUCAAGGCAUGGCAGCUUGCAGCAUGACGUGUCCGGCACGGGCGCAGUGCCAAAUUGAUCACAGCUUUCAACAAAAAAUCAGGUAGGAUCCACAAGUCAACAAACUGGGUGAUCUACAAUGAUCUAUGUAGGUCAAAGCCAGAUGCUCACAGAUGUUUGCCUGGACAUUUCAUUGGGUACUUUGCUUGAAGGGGAAAGGUAUUGCAUGUCAAAACGGGUCAGGCUCCUGAUUUGUUCUGAGCACAGCCAGGCGCUCUCACUUCCACAGCCAGCUUGGACCUGUGAACUUUUUUGCAGGACGAUUGUGUGGCAGCCCCGUCCGGAUGCAGGAGAUGUACAGAGGCUUUUACUUUUUCCUGGGAGACUGGACCCCGAGGAACUAAGGGGAACAUCAACCUCCAGGCAUUUCCGUGCAUUUGAAAAACCUUCUUUCGGCUCAGGUGUUUCUCUUGGGUG